UUCACGAAUCAAUCAAUCGAUGGUUUCACCGUCAUUCUCCACGUCUCCAAUUCAUAAUACAUAGAUGAGAAAAACUUCAAGCGGGGAAAAAUUUCAAUCGGAACUAUCGGAAAGCAAACUUUUGUUCCCCUUUAUUGAAGAGAAUCGAAAAACCGGCGCAAGCGCCGCAUUCCUUUUCUCAGAACCUCGGAUCAAAGCUGGUUAGUUUGAAAGAGACGUUCAAACUCUAACGAUGGAAAAAUCAAAAAUCAACGGCAUAUCGUGCAUCAGAACAGAUCACGAUUAUAAGAGAAACGUGAAUCUGAGCAUUCAAUGGAGUCGCUGGAUUUUAAAACCGAUCGGCCUCUGGCCGAAUUCCUCCACCAUUUCAACGACAGGAAAAUAUCUUUAUCGAUUAAUAAAUGUAAUCUGCUACAGUCUGAUAAGUUUCCUCUCGAUACCAUGCAGUUUGUACGUGAUCCUCGAAGUGAAAGACAUCUACAACAGAAUAAAACUACUCGGUCCAUUGAGCUUCUGCAUGAUGGCGUUUCUAAAGUAUCACUUGUUAAUCCUACACGAAGAUAAUAUUCGCGAGUGCAUCAAACGUAUCGAAUGGGAUUGGAAGAACAUCACGUAUUCCAAAGACAGAGAAAUCAUGAUAACGAAUGCAAAUUUUGGAAGAAGGCUGGUCGUUAUUUGCACGUUUUUCAUGUACAGCGGUUUCGCCUUUUACUACAUCGCCGUGCCAAUUAGCGUUGGAAAAAUUCCUGCGGAUGAUGACAAUAUUACCUUCAUUCCCUUGGUGUUUCCCUUCUCGAGAUUUAUCAUCGACACUCGCUACAGUUUCACGAAUGAGAUCGUAUUUUCCAUUCAAUUGGUCGCCGGUGCUUUGAUGCAUACCAUAACGACUGCAGCUUGUAGCUUGGCUGCUAUAUUUGCGGUGCACGCUUGCGGCCAGAUGCAGGUGUUGUCGAAUUGGCUGAAACAUUUGAUAAACGGUCGGUCAGAUAUGUAUAAUAAUGUGGAAGGCAGAAUCGCAAGCAUCGUGAGUCAACAUGUUCGAAUAUUGAAAUUUUUAGCGCUUACAGAGAAGGCACUUCAACAAGUGUCAUUCGUGGAAUUUUUAGGUUGCAUGUUAAACAUAUGUCUCCUUGGAUAUUAUGUUAUUAUGGAAUGGAGUUCGAGUCAUUUAACCAGUGCAAUAACAUUUUUCAUACUGCUAAUAUCUCUUACGUUUAACAUUUUCAUAUUUUGUUACAUAGGCGAGUUGGUAGCCGAACAGGUUAGAAUAUUAUUAAUAAUUAAUAAAUUAAUCCUUUUUUUUUUUUUUUUGGCAAUAUAUUUUUUCCAGUGCAAGAAAAUUGGAGAAAUUUCAUAUAUGGUCGAUUGGUAUCGAUUAGAGGGAAACAAAAAGCUUUGUUUCGUUUUAAUAAUUGCAAUGUCUAAUUCAUCGAUUAAAUUGACUGCUGGAAAUAUGGUUGAAUUGUGUUUGACAACUUUUAGCGAUAUUGUUAAGACAGCAGUCGCAUUUUUGAACGUAUUGCGAACAUUAACAAUUUAAGGAUUUCUUUUAUGGCGAAUUGUUCGAUGAUAAAAUUUGCAAUUUUCAUAUCGAAUAAUAGAAAAAGUGUAGUUAUGUUUCUUUUAUAAAAAUAUGUUGUAUUAUAGAUGAAAUGAAAAAAUAAAAAUUUUUAUUUAAUCUAAUUAUUGAUAAUAUUU